CUUCAGCACGCCAAAUCCAUUAACAUGCCGAGUAUAACUGAGUUACAUUUCAAUGCGAGGAAUACGAAUGGUUACAGCUUACACAGAUGUUUCAGAUCGUACUCACUCCAAUACAAAACGGAAUGCGAGCGCGCGCACUCAACUUGUUGCGGAUGCGAUCGUCCCCAGCUGAGAGCGCUAGGCUCCUGAACGGAUCGACAGAUUCAAGGACAUCACGGCCUUCCAUUUCAGGUCAACAGCUCCAACGCCAUCUUCCCCGUGCUGGCAGGAGACGAUGUGAAUCGAUAUUUUAUUUGAGACGGCUACAAUUGUGUAGCCUCCAUAAGCGGCUGCUUAGAUAGACACAAAUAGAUAUAAACGCUUCAGGUGCCCAUCGGCCUCCUUAAGCAAUGCUACCAUAGACGUACACAUCGUUUGCAUUGCCCCUUAUCCUCCAACAAUUUUGAACAUUACCAAGUAGUAUCACUCACGAUGGUUCGCCUUACGGUUACUUCUGCAGCCCUUCUUGCAGCCUCUAUGGCCCAGGCGGCCUGCGUCGGCCCAGCCGUGAACCAAGCGACCUUGGAUCUUAUCGCCGAGUUCGAGGGGUUCAGUCCCGACGUUUAUAAUGACCCAACUGGUAACCCAACUGUUGGCUAUGGACACCUCUGCCAGCAAGCCGGCUGUGCUGAGAUUCCUUAUUCCAUCCCGCUUUCGGAGGCUGAUGGCAAGAGACUCCUUGCCGACGAUGUGAUUCCGCCUCAGAACUGCAUUACCCAGCAGACCGCAGAGCCAGUGACCCUUAACGCAAACCAGUAUGGUGCACUGGUGAGCUGGGCAUACAAUGUCGGCUGUGGUAACUCAGGAUCGUCGAGCCUUAUUGCGCGUCUCAACAAUGGCGAGGACCCGCAGACUGUGAUUGCUUCCGAGCUACCACUAUGGAACAAGAGCGGCGGGCAGGUCUUGCCUGGCCUUACGAGGAGGAGGGCUGCUGAGGUCGAUCUCGCGAACACUGCUUCCUCGGACCCCGCUCUUCCGGCUGGAACGUGUUAGAAUAUGAGAUCUCCCAUCAGCUUUCAUACAAGCUUUUGUUGCUAUUGAGCAGGUUUUAUAGUCUGAGCGUGUAUAAUACAAUUUGCCAGGCGGAAGGACUCGAAUAUCAGGCUAAGAUAGAUGUAUACUUAAGACACAAGUAUCACCACGAUUGUCAUACACGAUUCGCAAGUCAAUUGUCUAUGAAAUGGGCACUUUCAUUUGCUGCGCCUGGAAGAAGAAGACGGAGAAAAUGGAUAGGGAAAUUCAGUGCAGACCAUGUAUCACAAAAAAUGUUACUAGUGGCGGAGAUUCCAUCAGUAUGUUCAUCCGUGAUGUCAGAGGUUAAGGCACACAGGGUCAGGCAUC